AUGGCGGACGACAAGCACGUCGGAGCUAUGCCCUCGGGCGACUUCUCGGCAUCAAACAUAGAAAAGGCCCGCCGCGGGUCCCAAGCAACAGUCGAUCUGAACGCCAACGUUGACGCAAAAAUCAGGAAUCCCCUGCUGGGUAUAUCCCGCGCCGAACUCAUCCGCGAUGUCGACGCCUUCGCCCACGAAAAGGGCCUGCAGGAGUACAUCCCCGUCCUACGCAAGGGCGCUCUCGUCGCCCAGGACCCAACGGGCUUCGAGGAGAUCGACGGCGACGAGGCCCUCAACCAGGCCGAGGUCCAGGUCCUCCACGACGAGGUCCUGCACAAGUGGCGCGUCCCCAAGAUCCUGUACCUCACCAUCAUCACUUGCUCUAUCGGCGCCGCCGUCCAGGGAUGGGAUCAGACCGGCAGCAACGGCGCAAACCUGUCGUUCCCUACCGUCUUUGGCAUCGGCGGGACCUCGCAUCACGACACCCUCCUCGUCGGCCUCGUCAAUUCGGCGCCGUACAUCGGCAGCGCUUUCAUCGGGUGUUGGCUGUCGGAUCCCCUGAACAACUUCCUCGGCCGCCGCGGCGCCAUCUUCUUUGCCGCCAACUUCUGCCUCUGGCCCGUCCUCGGCAGCGCCUUCGCCCAGUCCUGGGAGCAGCUUCUCGCCUGCCGUCUGCUCCUCGGCAUCGGCAUGGGCGCGAAGGCCAGCACGGUGCCCAUCUUUGCCGCCGAGAACUCGCCCGCGCCCAUCCGCGGUGCUCUUGUCAUGACAUGGCCAUCUCACAAGCCGUCACCUCCGGAGCAGUACAUGCUAACGACAUGGCCAGAAAUGUGGACGGCGUUCGGAAUCAUGGCCGGGACGGCAGCCAACCUGGCGGUUGCCAAGACGGGUGCUAUAGCAUGGCGUCUCCAGCUCGGGUCGGCCUUCAUCCCGGCCGUGCCCCUGGCUCUGUUGAUUUACGCCUGCCCCGAAUCCCCUCGCUGGUACAUCAAGAAGAACCGGUACCCGGACGCCAUGAAGUCGCUGCUGAGGCUGCGGAACCAUCCCAUCCAGGCCGCUCGCGACAUUUACUACAUCCACAGCCAGCUUCAGGUCGAGGCCGAGAUCAUCGGGCGGUCCAACUACGCCAAGCGCUUCCUUGAGCUCUUCACCAUUCCUCGUGUCAGACGCGCCACGCUGGCUUCGUUCACCGUCAUGAUUGCUCAGCAGAUGUGUGGCAUCAACAUCAUCGCCUUCUACUCGAGCACCAUCUUCAAGGAGGCCGGUACCUCCGAGUUCAACGCCCUCCUGGCGUCCUUCGGCUUCGGCAUGGUCAACUUUCUCUUCGCGUGGCCGGCCAUCUGGACCAUCGACACCUUCGGGCGCCGGUCCCUGCUGCUUUUCACCUUUCCCCAGAUGGCGUGGACGUUGCUGGCCGCCGGCCUCUGCACGCUCAUCCCGGGCACCGGAGGAGCCCACCUGGGGAUGGUGGCGCUGUUCGUGUACUUGUUCGCCGCCUUCUAUUCGCCGGGCGAGGGACCCGUCCCGUUCACCUACUCGGCCGAGGUCUUUCCCCUGUCCCAUCGUGAGGUGGGCAUGUCGUGGGCCGUGGCAACGUGUCUCUUCUGGGCGGCCGUGCUGUCCAUCACCUUCCCCAUCAUGUUGGCGGACAUUGGCGUCAUCGGCUCCUUCUGCUUCUACGCCGGCCUCAACGUCGUGGCCUUCGUCAUGAUCUUCUUCUGGCUGCCCGAGACCAAGCAGCGCACGCUGGAGGAGCUCGAUUACAUCUUCGCGGUCCCGACCCGGGUGUUCAUGAGGUACCAGCUCAGAGAGGCGCUGCCGUACUGGUUCCAGCGCUGGGUGCUCUUCCGGCGGGACGCUACCCUCGAGCCGCUGUACAAGUUUGACCUCACUCACGAGGACCACCACGGCAGCGAGACAUACGAGAAGGCGCAGGUCGAGCAACGGGACAAGAAGAGCGGUUCCGCAACCGGAGUCGACGUCACGUCCUCGUAA